AUGGAUCUGGAGAAAGCCCCUACUCUUCACGAGGAAGACUCCAAAGUCACCCUCACUAUCAGACUGAUUAUGCAGGGGAAGGAGGUUGGCAGUAUUAUUGGCAAAAAAGGAGAAAUUGUUAAGAGAUUCCGAGAAGAGUCUGGAGCAAAAAUCAACAUAUCAGAUGGAUCAUGUCCAGAGCGCAUUGUCACAGUUACGGGCACAACUAGUGCUAUCUUCAAAGCAUUUACACUUAUCUGCAAGAAAUUUGAAGAGUGGUGCUCACAAUUCAAUGAGGGAGGUGGUGGCGGCUCUCGUGCACCCAUCACGUUACGUCUCAUCGUACCCGCUUCACAGUGCGGAUCUCUUAUUGGAAAAGGUGGUUCCAAGAUUAAGGAGAUCCGAGAUGUCACCGGCGCUAAUAUACAGGUCGCGAGUGAAAUGUUGCCAAACUCAACAGAAAGGGCAGUUACGAUUAGUGGCACGUGUGAUGCGAUAACGCAAUGCAUCUAUCACAUAUGCUGUGUAAUGUUAGAGAGUCCACCAAAGGGAGCAACUAUCCCAUACAGGCCGAAGCCUAACGUGGCGGGGCCCGUUAUAUUGGCCGGAGGACAAGCUUACACCAUACAAGGAAACUAUGCUGUGCCUGCGCAAGAUGCGGUGUGUGCGCCGGUGUUCCCCCUGCUGGAGAUGAAGCCGCCUCUCGCGGGCGCCCUGCCGCCUCAUCACCUGCUGCCGCCGCCGCUGCACGACCACCUUAUGGGGGGUUUGGGCAAAUCUCCACUUGCGGGGUUAGCAGCGCUCGGUCUCGGUGGAUUGGCUCCAGGAAACGCCGGUGGUUUAAACCCAGCAGCAUUAGCAGCUCUAGCGGGAUCGCAGCUACGCACGUCCAACCAGGGUCGUAAUCAGCCCGCGACUAAUCAGCAAUCUCAUGAAAUGACCGUGCCAAAUGAGCUUAUCGGCUGUAUUAUUGGAAAGGGUGGCACCAAAAUCGCUGAAAUUCGUCAAAUAUCCGGAGCAAUGAUCAGGAUAUCCAACUGUGAAGAGCGCGAGGGUGGCAGCACUGAUCGUACAAUUACCAUAACUGGCAACCCUGACUCAGUGGCGCUAGCGCAAUAUCUCAUCAAUAUGAGUGUGGAGCUGCAGAAGGCGAAUCUCGAGGGUGGGUCGAGUUCGAGCGGGUCCGCUAGCCCUCUGGCCUCGGCCAUCCCGCUCGCGCAACUGCUAAGCAAGAGCGGGGCGCUGGGCGCCCUCAGCUCCCUUUCGGCGCUCGGCGGGCUCACGGACCUGCUGGCCGGCGGACCCGCGCCCGUGCAGACCACCGGCGUGCAUCGCUCGCACAAGUUCAACCGCAGGCAGGACGACGAACCCGCAAAGACCUCCAAAGAGCGCAACAAAUACAGCCCCUACUAA